AUGAACACUUCUUCGCUUCAAAACGCAUUCGAGGCCCAAAUGACCAAGGCAUAUUGCCCAGACGCUCCAACACCAGGAUAUCUGUGGGAUCCGAUUUUACACGUCUGGCGCAGCCUAGACUCAGAGAAAGCCCUUCACUGUGGAUAUAUGGCCAUUGUUCCUGACGUGGAACUCAACGACAGAUUACCAUGGUGGAACUGGAAUAAUCUGUCCCAGUCUGUAGAGUAUUGGAGAACAUACGGACGUUACGCUAAGAGGAGCCAGAUCCUGGGGCUUAUUGAGUACAUUCGAUAUGAUCAUGCUUAUGAAAUUCUUAAUGAAGGCUAUGACGAGGACGAUGGCAUAGAGGAUACUAGGCCAGAGGCGGCGGAAGCCUUGCUACUUGAGGUUAUCGCACGGUCAGAAGAGGAUGGAGAUGAUGAUUUUGGUACCGACAACGGCGAUAGCGAUGACGAUGACUACGAGUAUGACUACGAAAGUGACUAUGAUUAG